GCUAAUUGAGACUUUAUUGGUAUCAUCAAUAGCGGAAUUAGAACAAGAUAAACCCCACCAGUGGAAAGAGAUGUGUGGAAGAUACAACAAUGUUGAAGCAACAAUAGAAACAAGUACAAUCAUGAUAAAGAUCCAGCUACUGCCAGUACCAGUACUGAACCCACUUCAAUUCCUCAGAAAAACCCACCAACAAGUGAUCAUAAAAUGGAGUUGGAAAACAAGGAAAGAAGAGAGAGAACAAGCACAAACCCCAACACCAACAACAACAAUACAGCCACCUUCUCUUCAUCGGAUGCUAGCAACAUGAACACAAACAAAACUGUGGCUCAGUACAGUGCUGAUGCUAGGCUUAUGGCUGAGUUUGAGCAGUCUUGUGAGUCUGGUAAGUCCUUUAACUACUCGAGAUCAGUUAUUCAUGCACCACAAACUGUACCUGAAGAACAAAUUACUGCGUAUCUAACAAGAAUCCAGAGGGGUGGUCUUAUACAACCCUUUGGUUGUAUGGUUGCAAUUGAAGAACCCAGUUUCAAAAUCAUAGGUUAUAGUGAGAAUUGCUUUGAAUUGUUGGGUUUGAAUAAUCUUGGUGAGUCACAACGGUUAAUGGGUCUGACUGGAAUUGAUGCUAGAACCCUUUUCACCCCUUCUUCAAGGGCUUCUUUGGCGAAAGCCGUCGCAUCUAGGGAAAUUUCGCUGUUAAACCCAAUUUGGGUUCAUUCCAGGAGUACCCACAAACCAUUUUAUGCUAUACUACAUAGAAUUGACGUGGGAAUUGUGAUUGAUUUGGAGCCUGCGCCUUCGGGUGAUCCUGCAUUGUCGCUUGCUGGAGCAGUGCAGUCACAGAAACUUGCGGUUCGAGCAAUUUCUAGACUGCAAUCACUUCCUGGGGGAGAUAUAGGUGCUUUGUGUGACACUGUUGUGGAAGAUGUUCAGAAGCUUACUGGCUAUGACAGGGUUAUGGUGUAUAAGUUCCAUGAUGAUGAUCAUGGUGAAGUUGUGUCAGAAAUUAGGAGGUCUGAUUUGGAACCUUAUUUGGGAUUGCACUAUCCUGCAACAGAUAUCCCACAAGCUGCUCGGUUUUUAUUCAAGCAGAACCGUGUGCGGAUGAUCUAUAAUUGUAAUGCAAAUCCGGUUAGGGUCAUUCAAAGUGAACAGUUAAAGCAGCCUCUUGGCUUGGUCAAUUCAACCCUUCGGUCACCCCAUGGCUGCCAUACACAGUACAUGGCCAACAUGGGUUCUAUUGCCUCAUUGGUGAUGGCUGUUGUUGUCAAUGGAAAUGACUCAAUGAAGCUAUGGGGAUUGGUAGUAUGUCACCACACUUCACCACGCUAUGUGCCUUUCCCGCUUCGCUAUGCUUGCGAGUUCCUGAUGCAGGCAUUUGGCCUGCAGCUCUUCAUGGAGCUUCAGUUGGCAUCACAGUUGGCAGAGAAGAAAAUUCUCCGGAUGCAAACCUUAUUAUGUGACAUGCUCCUACGGGAUGCUCCACUUGGCAUUGUGACUCAGUCCCCUAGCAUCAUGGAUCUUGUGAAGUGUGAUGGGGCUGCAUUAUAUUAUGGUGGGAAAUGUUGGUUGCUGGGAGUAACUCCAACUGAAUCCCAAGUGAAAGACAUUGGAGAGUGGCUGCUAAAUACUCAUGGGGACUCCACCGGGUUUAGUACAGAUAGUCUGGCCAAUGCUGGUUAUCCUGGUGCAGCCCUGCUGGGUGAUGCCGUCUGUGGCAUGGCUACUGUAAGAAUUACGUCUAGGGAUUUCUUAUUUUGGUUCAGGUCCCACACUGCAAAGGAAGUCAAAUGGGGAGGAGCAAAACAUCACCCAGAGUAUAAAGAUGAUGGUGCAAGAAUGGACCCGAGAUCUUCAUUCCAAGCUUUUCUUGAAGUGGCUAAAAGCAGAAGUUUGCCUUGGGAGGUUUCGGAGAUUAAUGCUUUUCAUUCUCUGCAGCUUAUACUGAGAGAUUCAUUUGAAGAGAUUGAAGACAGUGGUUCAAAAACGAUGGUACAUGCUCAACAGAAUACGUCUGUGCGGCGGGGAUUGGAUGAACUUAGUUCAGUGGCUCGUGAAAUGGUCAGAUUGAUUGAGACAGCUACUGCUCCGAUUUUCGGGGUUGAUGUAUCAGGAUUAAUCAAUGGGUGGAAUGCAAAGAUGGCGGAAUUGACAGGAUUACAAGCUAGUGAAGCAAAAGGGAAGUCCCUGGUUAAUGAAGUUGUUCAUGAGGACUCACGCGGAGUUGUUGAAAGUCUACUCUGUAGAGCUUUGCAAGGUGAGGAGGACAAAAAUGUUGAAUUAAAACUGCAGAAGGUUGGGCUACAUCAGCAGAAUUCGGUCAUUUACAUUGUGACUAAUACCUGCACAAGUAGGGAUUACACAAACAGUGUCGUCGGGGUAUGCUUUGUGGGUCAAGAUGUCACGUCUGAGAAAUUUUUCCUGGAUAAAUUCAUCCGUCUGCAAGGGGAUUAUAAGGCUAUCACGCAAACUCUUAAUCCAUUGAUCCCGCCCAUAUUUGCGUCUGAUGAAAAUGCCUGCUGUUUUGAAUGGAAUGCAGCCAUGGAAAAGCUAACUGGUUGGUCGAGACAUGAGAUAAUUGGGAAAUUGCUUCCCGGGGAAAUUUUUGGAAGCUUCUGUCAGUUAAAAGGCGAAGAUACACUCACUAAACUGAUGAUUCUUUUAUACCGAGCAACUGGUGGACAUGUUACCGAGAAGCUCCCUUUUGGGUUUUUUGAUAAGCAAGGGAAAUUUGUGGAGGUGCUUUUAACAGCAAAUAAAAGAACUGAUGAGCGAGGUAAUAUAAUUGGGUGUUUUUGCUUCUUGAAUGCUGUUGUACCUGACCUGCAAGAGUCCUUAGUACACAGGCAAGAGGACACAGAGUGCGUUUCAAAACUUAAGGAGUUGGCAUACAUUCGGCAAGAGAUGAAAAACCCAUUGAAUGGUAUUCGUUUCACCCACAAACUCCUGGAAAGGACUUCAAUUUCAGAGGAUCAGAAGCAUUAUCUUGAGACUAGUGAUGCAUGUGAAAGACAGAUAUUGUCAGUCAUCGAGGAUAUGGAGUUAAGACAUAUAGAAGAGGGAAAUGUGGAGCUAAACAUAGAAGAGUUUAUUUUGGGAAGUGUUAUAGAUGCUAUUGUUAGCCAAGUCAUGAUUUUGCUGAAGGAAAAGAAUAUACAACUGGUUCACGAGAUUCCUGAGCAAAUUAAAACGCAAGUGCUCUAUGGUGAUCAAAUGCGGCUUCAGCUGAUCUUGUCAGACAUCUUGCGUAAUAUAGUGCAUCAUGCACCUUCCAAUUGCUGGGUGGAAAUCAAGGUGUCACCAGGGUUGAACAUGAGACACGAUGGAAAUGAAUUUGUCCAUUUACAGUUCAGAAUUACACACCCUGGCCAGGGCCUUCCUUCUGCUCUUAUUGAAGAUAUGUUUGAAGGGAGAAAUGAAUGGACUACAGCAGAGGGGCUUGCACUGAAUGUGUCCCGGAAACUUAUCAAUAUGAUGAAUGGUCAUGUCCAUUAUGCAAGAGAGCAUGACAAAUGUUACUUCCUUGUUGACCUUGAAUUUAAAACAAGGAGAUCAAGGCAGAGGGAUUCAAAUUUGGACAAAACCAAAAUGGCCUGAUUUCUUCUACGGAACUUCUUGUCACGUGUCUCUCCGGAUCCUAGUAAAUUGUGCUGCAGGGAACAUGGCAUUUUCCGGUAAUCUGUAAAUUUUUGUAACGGUUUCAGUUAUUUUUCACUCAACAAUGAUGUCAAAAGUGUCCCCCUCCUGAUGUUCAGGUUAGUUUUAUUUAGUAUGAUGGUUUCACCCCAUAGGGUUGAAGUUUGAAUAUGUUUGCUUCAUGGAAGUGUAUAUUUUCGGUUCACAGAUUGAGAAGCCUUAGUGUUUUAUGUUUGUGCACUGGAAAUUUGGAGCUGUAAAGAAUUUUCUAUACCUGUACUAUAUACCUUUGCGGCCUACUCAUCGUAAAAUUAUAAUUCACUAAAACUGUCG